AUGGACAGUAGAUCUUUUUCAACCGACUUUACAAUUAUUCCUCAAUCGAUGGAAAAGUAUAUCGGAUGGUUUGUUGGUGAUUUAGCCUUUCUCGACUCUUAUGCUUUUCUACCUGCUAGUCUGGAAACAUUAGCGAGAGAUCUGAGCGUAGAAGAGAAGCAACACUUUCUACGCCAAGAGUUUGCAAAUUGUGAUCUUACUAAUCUUCUUGACAAAGCUGCUUUACCCUAUGAAUAUUUAGAUUCGUUUGAAAAGUAUAAUGAGAAAAGAUUACCAGGUAUUGAAUCAUUUUAUUCAUCGUUAACAGACAAAGGUAUUACAAUUGAAAUGCAUGAGAGGUUAAAUCGUGUUUGGAGUCAGUUCAACUGUAAAACAUUGGGUGAUCUGAUCGAUAUUUAUCUAAGGCUGGAUGUGUACUUGUUAGCUGCAGUUUUUGAAAACUUUCGAGAAACAAGUUUGAACGACUUUGGUAUUGAUCCCCCGCAUUAUAUGUCAGUCCCUGGUUUAUCGUUUGCUUCAGCGAUCAAGAUGUUGAAAGUUUCCCUCAGAGUCUUUACUGAUCUCGAAAUGUACAUGAUGAUUGAAAAUGGAAUAAGAGGUGGCUUUACUACAGUCGCAAAAAGGUAUGCCAAAGCAAACAAUCGUUUUCUACAAUCAUAUGAUGGUGGUGAUGAAUCUUGGCUUCUUUAUUUAGACGUGAAUAACUUGUAUGGUAAAGCAAUGUGUGACGUUUUACCAUGCAGCGCCUAUUUUUGGGUUAGAAAUCGUGACUUGAAUUUCUACCUUUCCGUUGAAGAUAAUGCUGAAAUUGGUUAUAUUCUGGAAGUUGAUCUUGACUAUCCUGAAAUAUUACAUGAUAAACAUAACGAUUUUCCUCUCGCUCCUCAUAAGAUGACGAUCGAUGAUUCAAUGUUAAGUCCUACUGCUAAACAAAUACUUGAACAACUAGGACAAAAGUCAACAAAAACGGAAAAACUAGUGGCCACUUUUUUACCCAGAGAACGCAAUUAUGGGAAGCUGAUGGAAGAUAAAAGGAAAAGAGUUAAAGUUGAUCUGGUAACAUCUGAAGUAAUGGCUGCAAGAAGAACCAGGAAACAACUAUGUAAAAACAUGAGAAUCCUGUCGGAAGAUAAAGUGUUGUUUCAAAUGCUGCCGGAUAGUGUUUUACUUGACAAACCGAUCAUCGUCGGGUUCACUGUACUAGAGUUAGCAAAACUACAUGUUUACACCCUUUACUAUGACAGAUUCAAAUCAUUUUAUAAUGAUAAUAUCAAGCUGGUCUAUUCUGAUACGGAUUCACUUUUGAUUGAGAUAAAAACAAAUGACUUACCAAGUGAUAUGAAAUAUUUCUCAGAUAUAAUGGACUUUAGUGACCUACCGGUUGAUCACUACUUAUAUAGUGAUGUUAAUAAGAAAAAAAUUGGUUGUCUCAAAGACGAGAUGAGUGGUGAGGUGAUUGAUGAAGUUGUUGCACUUCGACCAAAACUUUAUGCAAUUAAAACUGAAAAUAAUGUCAAGAAGAGAGCAAAAGGUGUUCAAGGUGUGGUUGUUAAGAAUCAGUUAACUUUUGAUGAUUACAAACAAUCUCUUUUCAACGUUGAACUGGUGCGAAGAAUGAAUCGUCGUCUUGGUUCGGAAAAUCACAUAAUCCAUUUAUAUGAAAACGAAAAAAUUGCUCUUUCACCAUUUGAAGAUAAAAGGUAUCUUAUUGACUCUGUGAAUUCUCUUGCUUAUGGACAUUAUUCAAUUAAACAAUAA